AAAGCACAUUUGCGCAGUCAUUCUCAACUCAAACCAUUUUCAUGCACCCAUUGUCCUCGUGCUUUCAGUCGUAAGCAUGAUUUGGAACGUCAUUCUCGUGUGCAUUCCGGUGACAAGCCUUACUUGUGUGAAGCAUGUGGCAAAGGAUUCCCAAGAAGUGAUGCCUUGCGUCGUCAU